AUGGAGGCAAAAGAGGAAGGCCCAGUGUUACUGGCGAGAUCGAGCUGGCUGUCGCGGCUGAACCCCCUCAAACGGCGUCGAAAGCCUCCUGUCCCCUCCGAGCGAGCUGUUUCGCCCGAGUUUCGAGCCGGUUUCUUCAGCCUUCUGACUUUUGAAUGGAUGAGUCCGCUUAUGUCGGUUGGAUACCAGCGGCCCCCUGAAAUGAACGACAUCUGGCGCGUCAAUCCAAACCGCACCGCCCCCCUUAUCGCUGCGCGUCUCCAGGAAGCCUUCGACAGGCGGGUCGAACAUAAGACCGGAGCAAAAGGCCCGGCAAUCGGCGUGGGAAUUGGAUGGGCGCUGGGAAUCACGGGAAUGCAAAUCCUGGGAAGCAUCGGAAAUAACCAUUUCAUGUACCGAGGGAUGCUGGUCGGUGGCCAAGUUCGCUCGGCUUUGAUAUCACUCAUCUUCAACAAGGCCAUGACAAUAUCAGGACGCGCAAAAGCAGGGGGCAGACCACCACAGGAACCCCCAGCUGAUAUCAAACCGGGCAGUGAUGAGGAGAAGAAAUGGUAUGCAGACCAGAUGGAUAAACAGUAUGGAGGAAAGGGAUGGAGCAACGGUCGAAUCAUCAGUCUCAUGUCAACAGACACCAAUCGCAUCGACAAAGCAGCCGGCUGGUUCCACAUUGUGUGGACGUCUUCCGUGGCGCUGGUCGUCACCAUAGCGCUCCUCUUGGUCAACCUGACCUACAGCGCCUUGCCGGGGAUUGGACUCUUCCUGCUCUCUGUUCCGAUAAUGGGAAUGGCCGUUCGCGCCAUGUUUGCAAAGCGAGCAACGAUCAACCUCCUGACAGACAAAAGAGUCAGCUUGACGCAGGAGGUUCUUCAUGCCAUACGAUUUGUCAAGUACUAUGCCUGGGAAAUGGAUUUCCUGGACCGGAUCGCCAAGAUUCGCCAUCAAGAGAUCCUAACUAUCCAGAUUCUGCUUGCCAUACGAAACGCAGUCAAUGCCGUCGGCAUGUCCGUUCCGGUGUUCGCGUCAAUGCUGGCAUUCAUCACCUUCUCUCUCUCUCGUCACCCUUUGGACCCGGCGCCGAUUUUCUCAUCACUGACCCUUUUCAAUCAGCUUCGCAUGCCCCUGAUGCUCUUUCCAAUGGUUAUCGGCUUGGUCACUGAUGCUCUCGCGGCUGUAAACAGAAUUGAAGAGUUCCUCCUAGCGGAGGACCAGAAGAAUGACAUAGAGCAAGUCGGUGAUGCAGCAAAUGCCGUGGAGCUAUAUAAGGCGGAAUUCACCUGGGAAAGGGUUGCGGCAGAGUCAGACGACGACUCAGCUCCGGAAGAUUCAGACGAACAGCCAAAGAAGAAGAAAAAUGCAAACAAGGAAGCUAAAGAGGCGAAGAAGAAGAAGAAGACCGAAAAGUCUGGGGGAAAGACCCUAAAGAAAGAGGAAGAAAAAACUAACCCUAACCCAGACGCGGAGGUUUCGCGUAUCGAGCUAGGGCCGUUUAAAAUCACAAAUUUCAGCCUCCAGAUCGGUCGGAAUGAAUUCAUAGCAGUCGUAGGAGGGGUCGGCUCUGGGAAGAGCUCUCUGCUAGCCGCUCUCGCGGGAGACAUGCGCAAGACAAGUGGCACCGCCAUCGUCGGCGGUUCCAAGGCAUACUGCCCGCAGAACGCUUGGAUUCAGAACGCCACGGUACAGGAGAACAUAACCUUUGGGAAAGAGCUCGACGAGACGAGAUUCAACCAAGUGAUCGAAGCCUGCUCCCUUCGUCAGGAUCUGGAUAUCCUCGCCCAUGGCCGCUUCACAGAGAUCGGUGAACGAGGGAUCAACCUCUCUGGUGGACAGAAACAGCGUGUGAGCCCUGCUCGAGCUAUCUAUUCGGACGCUGACAUCAUACUCAUGGAUGAUCCCCUUUCUGCGGUUGAUGCUCAUGUUGGCCGCCAUAUUAUGGAGCAUGCCCUCUGCGGGCUCCUCAAAGAUAAGUGCCGGAUUCUUGCCACUCACCAGCUUCAUGUCCUCUACCAUUGUGAUAGGAUCAUCAUCAUGGAUGAUGGAAGGAUCGCUGCUUGCGACACGUUCGACAAUCUCAUGGCGCGUAAUGAACGGUUCAGAGCGAUGAUGGCAACCGUCGAUCGUGACCAGCAAGACGGCAAUGCUGAAGCAUCCGCUGCGGACCACUCAGCUGUUCAAAAAACUUCAAAUAUGAUGGAGAACUCGAAAGACUCUCUGAUGCAAGAAGAAGAGAAAGGACUCGAUAGCGUCCCUUGGAGUAUAUACUAUCAUUACUUCAAGGCAGCCGGCUCCAUUCUCACCUUUGUGAUGGAUAUUGACGGAUCACAGAUCGGCAUCUAUGCUGCGCUGGGUGUAGCCCAAGCCGUUAUACUGUUCCUGUACUCAAUCAGUCUCUCUCUGGCCGGGACAGAGGCGAGCAAAAAGCUCCUUCACAGAGCCAUACACCGAGUCUUGCGUGCUCCCAUCUUUGACACAACGCCUCUGGGCCGCAUCAUGAACCGCUUUUCCAAGGAUAUUGACACCAUGGAUAACAACCUGACCGACACGAUGCGCGUGGCUGACAUGACGAUCGCCAUGAUCAUUUCCGUGUUUAUCCUCAUCAUCGCUUAUUACUAUUAUUUUGCCGCUGCACUGGGCCCUCUGCUUCUAAUAUACCUGUCUGUGGCGGCUUAUUAUCACGGAACUGCGCGGGGCCUCAAGAGGCAUGAAGCAGUCUUGCGCAGCGUCGUGUUUGCACGUUUCAAUGAAGCGAUUUUUGGCAUCUCGACAAUACGAAACUAUGGUUUACAGGAUCAAUUCCUCAGGAGGAUCAAUAACGCAGUCGAUGAUAUGGACAGUGCAUAUUUUCUGACCUUCGCCGACCAGCGCUGGCUGAGCGUCCGACUUGACGCAAUUGGGACGAUUAUGGUCUUCGUGACAGAGAUCCUAGUUGUAACCUCACGUUUUAAUGGUUCCCCUAGCAUUAGUGGACUGGUCCUGUCAUACCUCUUAACUGUUGUUCAAAUGCUCCAGUUCACCGAAGCUCCAGUUCACACUAUUGCUGUAGCGGAGGACUGGCCCCAGAAGGGGGAGAUCGUCUUCCACGAUGUGCACAUGAGGUACCGUCCGCAGUUACCUUUGGCAUUGGAAGGAUUCAAUCUUCACGUCAAGCCUGGUGAGAGAAUAGGGAUUGUUGGCCGUACUGGAGCAGGAAAAUCCAGCAUUACCAUGGCUCUCUUCCGAAUGGUGGAAUUGCAAAAGGCAGAAUUGAAGUCGAUGGAUCCCACGAUCUUCGCCGGCACUGUCAGGUCCAAUCUUGAUCCUUUCAACUCUCAUGCCGAUCUCGAGCUCUGGUCCGCCCUUCGACAAUCACAGCUCGUUGACGCCAGCAACAGCAGCAAAGAAGAGGAGAAUUCUCAGAGUCACAUUAAUCUGGAGACAACAGUCGAGGAAGAAGGGCGAAACUUCUCCCUUGGCCAGAGACAACUCCUCGCUUUCGCUCGCGCCUUAGUGCGAGGCAGCCAGAUAAUUGUCUGCGACGAAGCAACCAGCUCCAUUGACUUUGAAACGGAUCGCAAGAUUCAGAAAGUGAUUUCAGAAGGCUUCCGGGGACGAACCUUGUUGUGCGUCGCUCACCGACUCAAGACAAUAAUCAGUUAUGACAGGAUCUGCGUCAUUGACCGUGGACAGGUCGCGGAGAUCGAUACUCCAUUAGCGUUAUACGAGGCUGGGGGACGUCUUUAA